GCCUAGACUAGUAACUACUUAAAUUAAACGAUUAUGUUUUAAUCAGUUAGUGCUUGGUUAUCGUAAAGGAUUACUUGCUCAUGAGUGGACACAGGGACUGUUGCCCUGGUGCUUAUGUCCGUCUAUGUUUAUAAAAUGUUGAAAAAUGUUGUGAUUUGGUUUGUACUUGCUGUAGCCAGUCUCAAGUCUGUAUUGGCUGUCUGUGUGGACAAGGAGGGGUGUGAAAACUAUGAUCGUGAGGCCUGUUCAGUUAUCAAGUAUGGCGACUGGGGAAUUAAAAACUGCCCAGUGUUUUGUGGUCUCUGUGGAGGUCUGACAACUAGUAGUACAACACCGCCGCCUUGUGUCGAUCUAGAACCAGACUGUGAGUCCUACCAAGAUGAUACUUGCACUAAUCCUAGUUACAAACAUUGGGCAGAAAGUCAUUGUCGUAAAUUCUGUAAAUUAUGCGACGACGGGUCAACCAGUGUCAUAACAACGACUACAACAACUCCAAGGCCGUGUAUAGAUGUGGAGCCAGAUUGUGCAAGUUAUCAAUCAGAUGUCUGCACCAGUCCAACUUAUAGACAUUGGGUCGAUGAAAAUUGUAGAAAGUUCUGUAAAUUUUGUGUUGAUAAUACAACAAUGAUAGACGUCACAACCUCUACGCCUGCGACGACCACAACAAAGUCAACCUCUACAACCACUGCGACAACAUCCACUACACCAACAAGGUCAAGAACUACCACUACAGCCCAGAUUACAGGGGCACAAUCUACCACGAUUAAAACUCCGCCUCCUCUCCCUUUUAAAACUCCUCCUCCUCUGAUAAGAACUCCUCCCCCUCUUUUGGUGGGCAAAAAAUAAAUCAGUACAAUAAUAAUAA